AUGAGUUCCGACGAUGAGUUCCAACAAUUGGUGGAUAGGGAGUUCGAUGAACUCGUUCAAGAGGUGCAAUGGGAAGCAGAAGAGGAGGAGGCGGCGGCGGCGGCGUUCGUUCGCCCGUUCUAUCAUCGGCGGACCAUCUGCCGUGACCAUGUCGGGGCAGACCAGCGGUUGAUGGAAGACUACUUUGGCGACAACCCCCGUUACCCAGCAGAGAUUUUCCGUCGCCGCUUCACAAUGUCGCAACGGUUAUUCAUCCGUAUAGCGACCACAUUGGCGCAGCGGUAUAGGUGUUUCACAUUGCGCAGUGAUGCUAGCGGCCGAACCGGGUUGUCGACAUAUCAGAAGUGUACCGCUGCAAUUAGGCAGCUUGCCUAUGCCGGACCCGCUGAUAUGUUCGACGAAUACCUACAGUUGGGUGAAACAACGGCCCUCACGACGCUGAGGCAGUUUUGUAAUUAUAUCCAGGCCAUCUUCGGUCCGAAGUAUCUACAGAAGCCAACUGUCGAUGAGUGCCAGAGAUUGAUAGAUAUGCACGGGAGAGUGCAUACUUUUUCGAGGAUGUUGGGCAAGCAUCGAUUGCAUGCACUGGGAGUGGAGGAACUGCCCGGCUGCUUGGAAGGGGCAGCUCAUAUCUGGAUUCAAAGGGAGACACCUAACAAUGAUACUGGAAGCUGGUCGAACAACGACGUCAACGUGCUGGAUUCGUCUCAUCUCUUCAAUGAUGAGUGUCGGGGUGAGGGUCCGACUGUCAGAUUCAUGGCCAACGGGACGCAGUACAACAAGGCAUACUACUUAGCCGAUGGGAUAUACCCUCGUUGGCCCGUGUUUGUCAAGACGACCGGACAGCUGGUUGGGCCGAAACAAUCCUAUUUCGCGGCCAAACAGGAGAGUGCUAGGAAGGACGUUGAGCGUGCUUUUGGUGUCCUCCAAUCGCGAUGGGCCAUUCUACGGUGCCCGGUUCGACAAUGGCACGAAAAUGAUGUCGCCUCCAUCAUGUAUGCAUGUAUCAUAUUGCACAAUAUGAUAAUAGAGGACGAAGGAUAUUCUGCAGAGAACUGGGCACCGGAAGAGGGUGCAAGUACGAGUCACGGUGUUGCAACCGCCCCACUGCAGAUGGGUGUACCGCGUAGUGAUGCAUACUUGAUCCAACGGUUCGCCGAUAUGCGGAGGAAAACAUCACAUACGACACUGCAGGCUGAUAUGAUCGAAGAGGUUUGGAAUCGUAGGGGAGGAGGGGGUAGAGCGUGA